AUGGGUUGGUCCACGAAUCAAAGUAAAUCGUCCACAGAACUUGAUGAUCUGAAUGAAUUUUUGACGAAACUAUACGAAGCAGAUGAAAAUGCAUUUCGACCAGGUAUAGAUUACAAACUCAAUUUACAAGCACAUCUGAACGGCGCCAAUUCGUUCAUUGACCUGUCGCCCGAUCCAUUGUUCGAGUUUGUCGAUGAAAGUCUAUUCCAGAACAGACCAACAUUUACAAAGUUCAUUGCACUACUGGACAACUACAAUCCACAAGUUGGUGUCACUGAAAAACCCACAGAACAACAACUGAGAGAAGAGGAUGAUUUUAUCAAAGAAUUACUGAAGACGAAAAUAAUGAAAAUGACUCACGAAUUUCUUGUUAGAAGAGGAAAAAGAAAUAUGAUUGGAGAUUACAAACAUUUUGGAGAAUACUUGAAGGAGGUGUGGUUCAAACGAUAUAACCGUGGCGCUUUUGAAGAUUCAUCUGCUUUCGAACAUGUGUUUGUUGGCGAACAUAAGACUACGAAAAUGCUUGGAUUACAUAACUGGAUUCAAUUUUAUUUGAAAGAAAAGAAGAAUGAUAUAAAUUAUUUUGGAUGGAAGAAGAAUUCAUGUAAUGAACACCUCAUCAGUGUAACAUAUGUCGAUGAAAAUAAAUUUAAGAAACCGAUCGGGACCAUUUUCAUUGGAUCUUCUCCGGAAUUCGACAUUGCUGUUUAUACUGUUAUUAAUGUACUUAGCCAAUCAUUUGAAACUGAUGUACGAAUAGGCGAAUGUAAAGUACGUUUCAUUUGUCAUAAGUUGGAAAACAAUCAAAUGGGUACAUGUCACAUGGAAUAAAUAAACAUGACGAAGAGAAAGAGAGUGAAAUUAUUCAUUAAAUAUUAAAAAAGCG